AUGACUAGAAUACAUGAUAAAUUAUUUGGUAACAUUCCAUACGUUGCUCCCGAAAUUUUGAAGGCUGGUAAAAGUGAACAAGAUCCCUAUACAAAAUAUUCUGAUGUAUAUAGUUUAGGAGUUUUGUUAUGGAAUAUAUCAAGUGGCAAGGCACCUUUUAAAGAUCAAAAGGUUUAUACAAUAAGUACGUCAAUCUUGUCAGGAAUUAGAGAAGAAAGAAUACAAAAUACACCUGAUGAAUAUUUUGUAUUAUAUAGCAAAUGUUGGAACGAUGUACCUGAGGAGAGACAUCAUGUUGAAGAUGUUUAUGAGGUAUUGGAAAGGUUGUUGGAAAAUUACAAUGAAGAAAAAGGUUCAACAUUUUCAGGAAAAAUUGAAGAUCCAUUUGAAUGGUUUGAAAAUUCAAUUAAAGAUGGGACAAUAACUCAUUACUGUUCUAAGGAUUUUAAUGACAUUUCUGAGAGUGGAUUUGGCGGUGAUAUAAAUGAGUGUGCUCUCAUAUCAAAAAUUUAUAAUGGAGAAAGGGAGCAUCCCGUUCCAAAUACAAACGCUAAAUUUGUCGAGCUUUACCAAAAAUGCUGGCAACUUGAACCGGAUAAAAGACCAGAUAUUCAACAAAUUAAUGAUCUUCUUAAAACUUUUGAGGAUGUUAAUAUUAAUGAGGAGUAUAUUGUUGAAAUUAAUAGCAUAAGCGUAACACAAGAAAUGAAUGAAAUGUCUCAUGAAGGAUGUGAUUUGGAAGAUUAUUAA